UUUUUUUGUUAGUUAGUUAGUUAGUUAUGCCGUAACCAUCUUCCCAAGUGCCAUGUUUAUAUGUUGGGUCAACGUCAAAAUAUACUAAUAUUUAGGAUGAAUCUUUUGAAUUGAGUGUUGAACAAGAUAUAUAUCAUGGGUAGAGUGUGUAUUUUGUGUGUGACUAUUAUUGUCUGAUAUAAUGUCCAAGUAAACUAAAGUCAAAGUUAGAAGACGAAAAGCCGAACAUCUAAAUUAAUUUAACAUUCGUUCUUUGUUAGGCCAGCCAAGUCUAUUUGUGUCGUUGAAUUUUAACAUUUUGUGGUGCAAUUUAACUGAAUAGAAACAUUUUUCCCAAUUUGAUAUACAUAUAAUCGUUCGUUCCUACAAAACAAUCUGUAAUCAUGUUACGAAUGACUCGAUUUGAAUGAAACUUCCACAAAACAUUCAUUGUAUAUUGUAACCGGAUAGAAGAUAUAACAAUUUUAAGCCAAACACUGAUAAGUGAACCGAAUGUGUUUCCCAUAAUUUUGUGUUUUGUUUGUUAUUUAUUGUCAAGCUCCGAUAAGACAAUGGUUCAUUCCCUUAUGCUAUAGUGUGUUCCAUAUAUAAUCAGUGGAAACAAUGAAGGAUAUUCGUGGCAGAUCAACAACGUUGAGAAAACCGUCACGUACAAGGUUGAAUGCUUCAAAUUUAAAUUACAUUCAUGGCCGUAUAUCCGGUUGCCAGUACAUCGAUAUAAAUCUAGAGCCAAGCAACAGUUUAUUAACAGUCUUCAAAUGCGCUUAAAACAAUACUACCGUGCGAACGACUCACUCAAUAAAAUUGCACAUCGACAAUGAAAACAUCCACAAAAAUGUACCUGUCUAUAUUUCUAUCAACUGCUUGCAUCAUUUUUUACCAAUACCAGUUGUCGAAAGCGAAUUUACUGUCAUCGGGAAAUGUCGACCACAUCGAUAAUGAGGUAUCCAAUAAUUUACGACGUACACGAAUUCCAUCAACAAUAACUACUACAACAUCACUACCAUUAACAUCCACCACAGAUAAAACAAUUCUACCACCCCCAUUGUACAUUAUAACGCCAACAUAUAAACGACCGGAACAAGUUGCUGAAAUUACACGAUUGGGCUACACUCUGAAGCACAUACCAAACAUAUUUUGGCUCGUUAUCGAAGAUGCUACGCUUCCGUCAACACAAUUAACUAGACAACUUAAACGGAUUGGGAUUCCGUUUGAACAUUUUACAGCUCCAAUGCCUAACAAAUACAAAAAGAAUAAGGUGAAACCUCGUGGUGUGUCGAAUAGAAAUCGUGGUUUGGACUGGAUCCGAGCUAAUGCCACCGAUGGCGUUUUCUAUUUUGCUGACGAUGACAAUACCUACGACCUACAGAUUUUCCAUGAGAUGCGGUAUACGAAAAAAGUGUCUAUGUGGCCGGUUGGCCUGGUAACCAAAUUUGGACUGAGUAGUCCAAUUGUAAGAAAGGGUAAAUUGGACGGAUUUUAUGAUGGUUGGAUCGGUGGCAGAAAGUAUCCCGUUGACAUGGCCGGUUUUGCGGUGAAUGUAAAAUUUUUCCUAAGUCGACCGAAAGCUGCAAUGCCAUACAAGCCAGGAUAUGAGGAAGAUGGAUUCUUGAAGAGUUUGGCACCACUGAACAACACCGAAAUUGAGUUGUUAGCUUCACAAUGCACAGAGGUCCUGACAUGGCACACGCAAACGAAAAAAAAUCAACCAGCCUCCAAUCUAGACUUAAAGAAGUACAAUGGAACGAAUUUAGUCAAAUUGCACGACAUCAUCGUGUGAUCACCGAACGUUUAACACCUGGAUAAUGCGAAGAAAUCAAAAAAAAAAAUGUCAGACAGUUGGUUGCGAGAGAAGCGACGACGUUCCCAGAUGAUGCAGGUGCUAUAUUUUUAUAUGAUAAAAUAAGAUUUACGAGAAUCGAACACACACAAACACGUACUUAAAGUAGAUAGGAAUAAGAAAUUUGACGAACAGAAUGUAGAGCGGAAUAAAUAAAGUCUCGCUAGU